CUUGCUUCGAUGCGUUCAUACACAGUUGCUUCGUACGGCCCACGUGAAAGAAAAUUUUUACAUAACUUGUCGCAAUCUUUUUAUUUACUGUCCUUCGGUCACUAAUUUUAAGGCAACUUCAGGAUACAUUACAUUUAAGUCACUCGAGCGAUGUUAUUCCGACAAUUUUCUGUUUGCAACUAAACAUUCCCUGUGCAAACGUCACGAAUCUACAAACGUCACUAUCAAACCAGUCACGCGCCUGUUUUCACUCUAACGAGAUUCACUUCUGUCGACCAACGAAUUUCGUGUCUCCUUGGUCUCAUAUUCAUUUCAAACCUUCUUCAUCAGCUUUGAACUCUGUUCAUCUGAUAUGAAUUCACAUUUAUAAUAGAAAGACAAUAAAUUUAUGUACUGUACAUUUUCAGCAUUGUGCGCAACUCGUUCAAAAAAAUAUAAGAUUCGCGCGUGUAACGAUAUUACAACGCCAGCAAUCCUGCUGUGUAAAAGUCACUGAAGAGAAUUUCAUACGAACGAAUUUAUUAUUCUUCACAUUUGAAGAAAACAUAAUUUGGAAUUAUAAUAAUAUUUUCGAUUGAAAAAGUGAAGUGUAGUGGAUAAUAUGCGAUCAUAAGUCAUUAAGUUUUAUGUAUAAAUCACGCAGCAGUUUCAAAGUGAUUUUCUGAACAAUGGUGGUAAGAUUGCAUGGAAUCUAUAAUAAAACACAUUGAAAAUGCAGUUGCCAAUGAAAUACAAUGAGUAAUUGUCGUGAAGUAACUAUAAGGAACUAAAUAUUGUGUUAUAAACGGUAUAUAGGUUAGAGUAACCUAACCUGUCUACUUCUGUUUAUUGUUAGGUAAAAUUAUAGUGGUAAUUUAUUAAAACCACCAAUUACUGCACAGUAGAACAUGCUGAAAUUUAUAAUACAGAAAAUUUACAAACAACAGUGUUUCAGUUAAAUAAUUUAAUUUAUUUAUUGUAUUCUUUGUGUCACCUUACAUAUUUGAAGAAGUUUAAUUAACAUAUACAUCAUGGAGAAAUCUCAGAAAAUGCCAAAAGUUGCGAAGGUUAAGAAUAAAGCACCUGCUGAAAUUCAAAUAACAGCAGAGCAGCUUUUGAGAGAGGCUAAAGAAAGAGAUCUUGAGAUUUUACCUCCGCCACCGAAACAAAAAAUUUCUGAUCCUCAUGAAUUAGCUGAUUAUCAACAUCGGAAACGUAAAGCUUUUGAAGAUAACAUUCGCAAGAAUCGUAUGGUAAUUUCAAAUUGGAUAAAAUAUGCUCAGUGGGAAGAAAGUCAAAAACAAAUACAAAGAGCAAGAUCAAUAUAUGAGCGAGCAUUGGAUGUUGAUCAUAGAAAUAUUACAUUAUGGCUGAAAUAUACAGAAAUGGAAAUGAGAAACCGUCAAGUGAAUCAUGCCAGAAAUUUAUGGGACCGUGCAGUUACUAUAUUGCCUAGAGCAAAUCAAUUUUGGUAUAAAUAUACUUAUAUGGAAGAAAUGUUAGAAAAUAUUGCUGGAGCACGUCAAGUAUUUGAAAGAUGGAUGGAAUGGGAACCAGAUGAGCAAGCUUGGCAAACGUACAUUAAAUUUGAAUUGAGGUAUAAAGAAAUACAAAGAGCUAGACAGAUUUAUGAAACAUUUGUAAUGGUUCACCCUGAUGUUAAACACUGGAUAAAAUAUGCACGAUUUGAGGAAUCCCAUGGAUUUAUAAACGGAGCUCGUAGUGUUUAUGAAAGGGCUAUUAACUUCUAUGGGGAUGAAAGUUUAGAUGAAAAAUUGUUUAUUGCGUUUGCAAAAUUUGAAGAAGGCCAAAGAGAGCAUGAUCGGGCUAGGGUCAUUUAUAAAUAUGCGUUGGAUCAUAUUCCGAAAGAGAAAACACAAGAAAUUUAUAAGGCAUAUACCAUACAUGAAAAGAAAUAUGGAGAUCGUUCAGGCAUUGAGGAUGUAAUAGUAAGCAAAAGAAAAUAUCAAUAUGAACAAGAAGUAAAAGAAAAUCCUUCCAAUUACGAUGCUUGGUUCGAUUAUUUGAGAUUAGUAGAAUCUGAAGGAAAUGUAGAUGUAAUCCGAGAAACUUACGAACGUGCCAUAGCUAAUGUACCUCCAACUAAAGAAAAACAGUUCUGGAGAAGAUAUAUCUAUCUUUGGAUAAAUUAUGCUCUUUUUGAAGAACUCGAUACUGAGGACAUAGAAAGAUGCAGACAGGUUUAUAGGGCAUGCUUAGAGCUGAUUCCACAUAAACACUUCACUUUUUCUAAAAUUUGGUUGCUUUAUGCAUAUUUUGAAAUAAGACAAAAAAAUUUACCAGCUGCAAGGAAAACAUUGGGUAUGGCACUAGGUGUUUGUCCUAGAGAUAAAUUGUAUCGUGGAUAUAUCGAUUUGGAAAUUCAAUUAAGAGAAUUUGAUAGGUGUAGGAUUUUGUAUGAAAAGUUCCUCGAAUUUGGUCCGGAAAACUGUACCACAUGGAUGAAAUUUGCAGAAUUGGAGACACUUCUAGGCGAUGUGGAACGUGCACGAGCCAUUUAUGAAUUAGCUAUAUCACAACCAAGAUUGGAUAUGCCAGAACUUUUAUGGAAGUCCUAUAUUGAUUUUGAAAUAGCACAAGACGAAACAGAAAACGCGAGACAAUUAUUCGAAAGAUUACUAGAACGGACGCUUCACGUUAAAGUUUGGAUUGCAUAUGCUAAAUUUGAAUUAGCGAAUUCAUCAGCAGAAGAUGAUGUAGAUAAUGUUGUUCUGGCAAGAAGAAUUUUUGAACGUGGAAACGACGCUCUUAGAUCAAACGGAGACAAAGAAAGUAGAGCAUUACUUUUGGAAGCAUGGAGAGAUUUUGAAAAUGAGAAAGGAGAUGAUGAAACUCGUGGUAAAAUUAUGGAGAAAAUGCCCCGAAGAAUUAAACGUAGACGACGUAUUGUGGGAGAAGACGGGAGUGACGAUGGAUGGGAAGAAGUGUUCGACUUCGUUUUUCCAGAAGACGAGUCUCAGAGGCCUAAUCUUAAAUUCCUGGCAUCUGCUAAGGCCUGGAUGAAGCAAAAAGAAAUCAGUGAAAGCAUGAGUACUUCUCAUUCAGAAACCAACAGUUAGAACUUAACUGUACAUUUUAGUGUAAAAAUUAUGUAAUACGCCUGUAAAUAAAUUCAUAUUUUCUUUUUAUAUGAAUAAAUGAACACACCUUAAACUUUAAAAAAAAAUUUAUAUUUAGAAAACUUCAUAGUACGACCAGCAUUUAUGACACUGUAUUUGUUGUUUUGUUAUACAUAAUAUUUGUACUUGGAACUUUUACAUAUCAGUAAUGAAACGAAUCACCUGCAAUACAUUUCAAAUAAAAAUUGGUUAAGUAAAAUAUAAACUGUUAUAAUGUUCAACAGUUUUCUUACUAUGUAUUUUCUUUUUAUGUUUCGUUGCUAUCAAUGCAAAUUUAAUCUUCAAAUGUUAAUUCUGGAAGUUUCUGUUCAUCAUUGUAAACACACUAUAUAAGUUGAAAGUACUUUUUUCGAUAGUUUGCGCUAUAUGUAUUUAUGACUACACAAAUUAAUUUAUUUAAGAGAUUCAAUGUGAACAAUGAACGAAUUACUUUUCUUUUGAAAACUGUACAAGGAAGUAAAAAAAUA